AUGGCGACCUCGGCUUCUGCCGCUUCGUCUUCGUGGGCGUCUCUCCCGCCGGCGCUGUCUCCUCAGGACUUCUGCCUGGUGCACUCGCCGUCGGACCGCGAGCAGCAAGAGCUCCACUCCCGCCUCCCUCACCUCCUCCCCACGAGCUUCACGACUGUGCGCCUCUCUCCUCUCUCUCUGCUGCAAAUGCUUCUGCACGCGAGACAGGGAAUCCCCCUCGAGGUCAUGGGCCUCAUGCUCGGCUCUGUGCACCCAGUCGCGCCUGCGUCUGCCUCGUCCCUUGCCUCGCCAGGCGCCUCUUUCCAGGCGGCCUGCGACUACGCCUUUGCUGUCCACUCCGUUUUCCGCUUGCCAGUCGAGGGGACGGAGACGCGCGUGAACGCAGGUGCGGAGGCGAAUGAAUACAUGGUCAACUUCAUCCAGCGCGCCGAAGAGGCGUUUUCCCCGUCUCCCUGCACAGACCCCGGCGAGGACGAAGGCCUCGGGCUCUGCGUCGUGGGAUGGUAUCACAGCCAUCCUGGCUACCGCUGCUGGCUGAGUGGCGUCGACGUGGAGACGCAGAAACUGCAUCAACGCGGCCAAGACCCGUUCCUCGCGAUCGUGGUGGACCCUACGAGGACGCUAGCAACCGGCGAAGUAGAUAUUGGAGCCUUUCGAUGCUACCCGGAGAACGGCCACGACCGCCAAUCGGUGCAAAAGACCCGACACGAGCAGGCAGGAGUGCCUGUGGAGAAGGCCCACGACUUUGGCGUCCACUGGAGAGAGUACUACAAAUUGAACGUCGACCUUCUCUGUUCGUCUCUGGACGCGCUGCUCAUUGAGAGGCUCUCCGAGGCAGCCUGGUUUGCGCCUCUCCUUCGCGGACCGCACGAUCAAACGGCUGCAACUCGGCGAGCGUACCGCACGUCUCAGAUCUUCAACGUCGCGAGAAAGGCUCGCCAAUCAGAAGCUUCGUUCGUCCCGGCUCUCCCAAAGCCUUGCCCGUCCCUUGCCGUCCAUGAUCCACACACUGGGCCGUCUCCUGUCUCUUCGAGUUCAAGUCCCCACACUUUGCGGCCGCCCCAGGAAGAUCCUGCCUCGUCUUCCGCCUCGCGCGCAGGGAGGAUAGAGGAGAGUCUCCUCUCGCGGCCGGGAGCGCAGGAGCGCCUGGCGUCUCUGGCGGCGGAAGAGGAACAGACGGAGCGCAUGCAGCAACACGCCCUUGCGCUGCUUCAGUCGCGGCUCGAGAAGAAAUACGUCGCGCGUCUCGCGCAGUGCGGAGAGCCGGGCGCCGAAGAAGAGGACGAGGACGGCCUCGACGCAGUGCUGCGGGAGGCGCACCAAGUCGCGUGUGAUCAGAGACGCUCUGUCAUCUCUGCGACUGUUGCAGACACCAUCUUCGGUCCUGAAGCUGAGAGCAGGACGUGGCUAGCGAUAAAGCGGCGACUCCGAGAGGAGAGGGAGAGGCGGUCGUGCCCACGCCCCUGUCGGCCGGGGUCUGCGCGGCUUUGA